AUGGACAUAUUGGUUAUUGCAGAUGUGUUACUGGCAGUAGCGGUUGCGCAAAGUGGGUAUGAGUACAAUAAACCUGGUAGACCUUUUGGCUCCGUAACACCGACUACGCCUGGUUACCAACCGAGUCAAACAAGCGGUUAUCCUGGCUCACCUACUCCUUCUCCUUACCCAAGUGGUCCGCAAAAUGGUGAAUAUCCUGGAACGGGGUCAGGUUCGACGCCUAGGUACCCGUCAGGAUCAUCUAACUAUCCUAAUAAUGACCAAGACUAUAACUAUCCAGAACAGCAAAACAGACCAGACUACCAAAGUGGGACUCCAGGACGUCCUGGAUUUGGACCAAGUGCACCCGGUUACAGACCUGGAUCAUCUGACACAUCCGGAUUCAGACCUGGAUCUCAAACUGGCCCAAGCUUUAGUCCUGGAUCUCCUGGCGGACCUAGUUUUGGUGUAGAUGAUACAGGUGCAUACGAAGGCGGCGAUUUUUCUGCUAUUCCUGGUGAACCUGAUAUAGAUUAUCCUAUACUCUCAGUAGUUCCUCAGACAUCUUUUAGCUGCGAAGCCCAAGCUUAUCCUGGGUAUUACGCCGAUGUUGAAACGCGCUGUCAAGUUUUCCAUGUUUGCGCAAACAAUAUGACUUAUGACUUUUUAUGUCCUAAUGGAACUAUUUUUUCACAAGAAUUUUUUGUAUGCGUAUGGUGGAACCAAUUUGACUGUAAUUCUGCGCCAAGUUAUUUUGAACUAAAUGCAAAUCUUUAUGAUUAUUCUAUUACUGGAUCCCAAUAUCCUCAACACGGUGGAAUACCUCAAGGCUCUUACCCUGGUAGUAAUGGACCUCAAGGACCAUCAUCUAAUUAUCCUGGUACUACAAGCCCUCAAGGGCCAUCGUCAGGCUAUCCAGGUAGCUCAGGACCAUCUACUGGCUUCCCAGGAGAUAAUGGACCCUAUAGACCAUCCACUGGUUACCCAGGCAGCACUGGACCUCAAAGACCAUCUUCUGGUUAUCCUGGUAGCACUGGAGGUCAAGGCCCAUCAGCUGGAUACCCAGGAAGUACUGGACCGCAAGGCCCUGUUACUAGUUAUCCUGGAAGUACAAGACCACAAGGACCAUCUAGUGGCUAUCCAGGUAGCUCAGGACCUCAAGGCACAUCUCCUGCAUAUCCAGGAAGUACAGGACCACAAGGACCAUCAACUGGAUAUCCUGGAUCACAAGGCCCUAGUUAUCCCGGAAGUAGUUCACUACAACCAGGAUAUUCCGGACAACAGGGAUCUGGAACGUAUCCAGGUUAUCCAUCAGGCCCAAGUUCAUCAGGAACUUACCCAGGAUCACAAGGUACAACAAGUUACCCUGGUACCAGGCCGGGAAGUGGCCAAGGAUAUCCAUCAGGUAAACCUUCCGGGCCUAGCUUUCCAACUGGUACUACAAGACCAAGCGACGGCAAAUAUCCAAGCUCUCAACCUAACAGAGAGUACCUCCCACCUAGACCC